GCAAUUUUAACAUGUUAUAAUAAAUGAUUAAUAUGGUGUUUUGAGCUAAAACUUCACAUAUGUGCUCUGGGGACACCAAAGAUUUAUUUGACAUCUUAAAAAAGUCUUGUGAAAUGUCCCCUUUAAAUCAUGUGUUUUUUCAUGCAUCUCAUCCAGGACCAGAUUGAAUUAGCCAUUUGAAUGAAAAAAAGUUUAGGGUUGCGGCACUUUGUGCAGCUGUAUAUAAUAAAGCUGAUUAUUACGAGUAAUUUAUAUCCUGCUGACAUGUUUAAACACGCUUGCAUGCGCAACAUAUGACAAUCAUUAGGGGUGUGAUUCACAAACUCAUCCAACUAGCUGAGGACAAUAUACGGGUUGUAACCUCACUGACGUCUUGUUGAUUUAGUGAUAACAUAAACCGUGAACUUCAUUCUUGCGUGUGGUGUAGAAAUGGAGAAAAUGGUUGAAUGCUGUCUGGCUUUAAUUUACAUCUUACUCACGGUUGCAAGUGUUGGGUUAUUGGUAGUGAGGAUGGUGGAGGGCCGGUCGGUGAGGUGGUUGGUUGUCCUCAUGGUGUCUGGGGGGAUAUUAAGCUGUUUGGUCCAUUCAUAUGUUCUUAAAGUGGGAUUAGUCAGUGUGGUGUGUGGUUUGGUGCACUACAUAGGGAGAGAUGAAGACAUGCUGCCUGUCCUGAAUAGAGCCGUUUUGAUCACAGGUUGCGAUUCCGGUUUGGGUCAUGAUCUGGCCAGGUGUCUGGACGCUGCAGGAAUGAGGGUGUUUGCAGGGGUUCUGGAUGAGUCGAGUCCCGGAGCUGUGGAGCUGAAGAAAGCCUCAUCCUCAAAACUCACUGUUAUCCAGUUAGACAUCACAAACAUGAGCCAGAUCAAGCAAGCUUAUCAGUACAUCCAGAGUCAAACAGGUGAAACAGGUCUCUGGGGACUGGUGAACAACGCUGGAGUGCUGGGAUAUGUGUGCGAUGCAGAACUUUUGCCAAUUAAAUUUUAUCGAAAAUACUUGGAAGUCAAUUUCAUUGGUAGUGUGGAGGUAACGCAGGUCUUUCUGCCUCUCAUACGCCAAUCGAAAGGAAGAAUUAUCAGCAUAUCGAGUAUGGCAGGAGAAAUCCCUCUUCCUGGAUUUCCAGCGUAUGGGGCAUCUAAAGCAGCUCUGAGUGCAUACAGUGGAACAAUAAGACUGGAACUGUCCCGCUGGGGAGUCAAAGUCAUUGUUAUUCAACCCGGAGCUUUCAAAACCAAUAUUUUGGGCAAUAGAGAGCAUUGGGUUCGCGUUCACGACGAGAUCCUCAGCGGUCUGUCACCGGACGUGAUGGAAGCGUAUGGUGAAGAGUACAUCAGCUCAUUACAGGAGCGGCUAGUUAAGAUGUCUUCAUCAUCGAGCUCAAACACGGAGCAGUUUCUGGAUGCUUUAAAACACGCUUUACUCUCCACAAGACCUAAAGCCUUUUAUUACCCAGGGGCUGCAGCUUGGGCACUUCCAUUUUUCUACAGACACAGCCCCACCUUCCUAUCUGACAUGAUUUUCUCACGCAUCUUUAUGCCUCCAGAUGUCAAACCAGCACAACUCUGAACAAUUACAAACUGUGACCUCACCUAUGAAACCCUGCUCACAUAACUAGUUUACUGCUAUGAAAUUUAGAGCAUCAAAGUUGUCAUAACCAUAAAAAUGACAAAAAUGUGUAAUCUGUGAUGAUUAAUGCUGUAAAUGACAGAUUAAUAACUAAGCUAAUAUACAAUACUUACCCCUGGUUUCACAAACAAGGCCCAAGGCUAUAGUCCAAGACCAGAACACAAGUAUAAGCUGUCUCAGGAUACACACCAGUAACCUCUUUUUCUAAGCCAUGUUUAUAAAUGAUGCUUAAACAUCUUAAUUUAACUAAGGCCUAGUCCUGACUUUAGCUAAGCCUCGUCUGUGAGACCAGGCCUUAAAGGUGCCAUAGAAUGUAAAACUGUAUUUAUCUAAACAUAGAUGAAUAAUAAGAGUUCAGUACAUUGUAAUAGCCUCCAACUUUGUUUCCUCCUCCUUAAACCUUGUGCAUGCAAAAGACUGCUGAAAAAUACAGACCAAUCUCAACAUAACACCAACUGUGAUGUUACAGUCAAGAUGAACUCCACAACAUUAAAUUACACAUUACAUAAGUACAAUGUUGUGACUGCGGAUUUAGCGCUAUAGUUAAUGCUAGCGUUUAGUCUGAAGUUAUACUACUGAAUUUACAGUUACGUUUUGCAGGUCCAUAUUGAAAAAAACACAAGCCUACAACUGAGAGACAUCCAUUAAUAGUCUCCAAACAAUUGAUUAUUCCUCAAAUUCCAUAUCUUCGUCUGAUAGACUCGAAAAUAAGAUCUGUUUACACACACACACAGAGCUAAUGAAGGAGCUGCUCUGAGAAACAGCCAAUCAGAGCAGAGCUCAACAUUAUUAUUCAUGACCCUUUUAAAUAAGGUAAUAAUAGACCAUUUCAUUCUAAUGGCAAAUCCUAUAGGGUUGUAAAUGAAGAUGUAAAACCGGAUCAUCUUUGCACUUUAUAAAGCCACAUACCUUCUAUGUAUAUAUCGGAGAACAGUUUAAAGGAAUAGUCUACUCAUUUUCAAUAUUAAAAAAUAUGUUAUUACCUUAACU